AUGGCAUCCAUGGUGAAGUUUAAGUUCAAGUCGGCGCGGGAGUAUGACUCGGUGUCCUUCCCGGGCACCGGCAUCAAGCUGCUCGACCUCAAGAGGGCCAUCGUGGAACAGAAGAAGCUGCACCAGGGGAUGGAGUUCGACCUUAACAUCGUCAACGACAAAACAAGAGAAGUGCAAGCGAUCUUGACCGGAGAGUUGCUGUCGAUCGAGCUAGACAUCACCACGAGUAUGUUGCGGUAGGUAUGCAUACGACUCUUGAUGGUUCCGCACAUUGGAAUAUGCCGGUGAACCGAAAAAGGUCGUGGUGGGGCUCACAUCACCCUAUCCUGACUGCUUCCCUCGUCCCCCCCCUUGCCCGCGAUUCCGCCCCCCCUCUUCGUCGCCGCUAUAAACCUGGCGCUCGCCCGCUGCGGAAUGGGUCCAACUUUCGGCUUGUGCUCACAAAAUUGCGCCGAAAAAAAAAAAAAGAGUACAAAGAAGACAACGUGGUCGUGACGAAGAAUACCUCCGUGACAGUGAAAAGAGUGCCUGCGCACAAGUCCGGGGGUCUGCUGUCCAAGAUCAAGGCCCUCGACGCCGCCGCCGCUCUACGCGCUACUGCUACUGCUACCACUACCGCCUCUACCAAGUAUGGUUCAUUGCUCGACGCUAAACGGUCAUGUCAGUAUCGCCUGCGUAGUCUUGACAGCCUUACCUGUUCUAUUUCGUCGUUUUUUCAUAACGUGUUCAUGCUUGUCGGGUCGUCGCUGUUUUGUAGGAGUGCUGAGGUUAGAGUCGUUGUGUCUGUCAUUGUUUGUCGCUUUGAUCGUUUGAAGCGUUUUUUGUUGUUGUUGCGGUUUUAUCCUGAGCGCUAUAUUUCCAAAAUACGCAAAAGCGAUCAGAGUAGAAGGGGCGUGUACGCGUAAAUCAGUCACAGAAAAUAAUUCGGCGUUUUUUUAAACCUCAACAUCGCCCAAAGCCAGCCUUCCGUGCGGGGGACCAACAACAGAAAAUGUUGAGGUCGCGACGGCUGUGUGUUGCACGAAUGCCCACGGGUGUUUUGUGUAUUUGAUCGGCGUAUGCCGGAUGUAUCCGCAAGUUUAGCGGCGAUACACACAGUUUCUACGCAAAUUAUUAAUUCAUAGUUCCCGGGCCACUUAGGAGAAAGAAAGGACGACCCGCUCGGCAAACGUUUCCCCUGUUGCCGGAACACAGUUUUUUGUUUUUAUUAUGACGUAUGCAUAGGUAAUGACGUGAAUAUCAACCAACAGACGUCUACCAUAAAGGCAAGCGUUGCGGAGACGACGGUGUUUGUUUGUUUUGGUCGCCAGGCAGUGCUUGCAAACCCUGAGCCGGUUUUUGUCUGAGGUGUUGUUCUGUCUCCGAUUUAUUUCGACGUUCGGUCGACGAGCGUGAUCGAUCGGUGUUGUUUCGUUGAAAAGUGUUUCUUGUCCGUGUCCGUGCUGUACCUUUUUCGGGUCAGAGAGGAAGGUGUCGGUGUACCCUCCUGGGGUACCUUCGUGGUGCCGGGGGAUGAGGGAUGGGGGGAGGAACUCUUCCCAUGUUGAUAAUGUGAACAGUUUUAGAGCCCCCCCCCCCCUGUAAAUCUUGGCUGUUUGCGUGCCCCCCUGCCGACACGGAUAGUCGCGAGCAUUCCGUUUGGGGGUGCUGGAGGGAUUGGGAGCGUGCUGAUGUUGUGUGUCGCGCGGGCUUGUUGCCCUUUCCGUCGCGCUCCCUCUCUCU